AUGGACGUUGACCUUGCUACACAAGACGGCUUGGAACAGCUUGGUAUUGAUCAAGACGGUGUCAACAAUGGAAUGCCCACUGCUCCAGAGUUCAACAUGCCAUUCAUGAUGUGCUACGGUCUCAAUGGAAAUCCCACUGGUUCAAACAAAUAUGACGAUGGCAACAAUGACAGCUCCGCAAAGAACCUUCGUAGAGCCCUCUUCUUGACUCUUUCACCGACCGGCUCCUUCAUUGGAAGUACCCCACCUUCAGAGCACUCACCAAGCACGGACCCUCACGACAACAUCUAG